UCUGAAAGCAGAAGACAGCAAACUGGUAUUUUCAAGCUUGAACCGGCACAGGGGAGCUUCCCUGGUCCGAUACAUUUCCAUUUGCCUCGGUCCAAGAAUCAAAGAGCAGGCAUAUUCUGUCAGAUUUUACAUAAUGUCAAAGUCAAUUGAAGAAAUAAUUAAAUCCGUUAACUCCACCAGAUGUGUGGGGAUUGAAAUCUGCAACAAAAGCUCGAGCAAAAUUUUAACUAGUCCUAAGACCUACAUUUACAGUGGCAAAGUACACACGUCACCUUCCGACCCCAUUAACCAGGGAGAGAAAGGAGUGUGCGUCAUCGAAAAACGUUCAUACUCAUUGUGGGGCGCUGUCGGGGUGCUGAGCUACCGUAUUGGUAACACCCAGAUCUCCGUGCUGGUUUCCAACCCUUACAACUACUUCAUGUACAGCAUCCAGUAUGCUCUGGAUGUCUCCGACGAAAUCACUCGGACUGACUACAACUUAUAUAAAAAUAUGUACAACGAUCUUGGAUCGAAUUCCAUUUUGAAGGCAUCGGUGGAAUCACCUUCGAACUCAACGACAAGGGACAUAUAUGUUUCAGUCACUAUGUCUGACGAGAAGAAAGCGAUUCUCAAAAUGGAUAUCAGAGAUGCUUAAGUUAACUCUCUGUUACAGCUCUAACAGUUAGUAACGGUUACAAAUCUCAACAUAGUGAAGCCACUUUACCAGUGCUACCGAUAAUUUCAUCCAAUCACCCCACCUUUCAUAUCAUCUUUAAUCUUUUUGUUAUUGUUUCUCGUUUGUUUCUUUAAUGUAAUGUACUAACAUGACUGCGGUGGCUAAAACCAAAAAUUCAUUCCAUUUUCUAUCAACUCAGCGCUUGAAAAGUAAUAUAUUUUAACUUCUUAUGCUAUGAAGAACAGUUUAAGGUUUAUUGGUAACUUGACAGCUUAUAAUUACAUU